AUGGCUCUCACCGCACGCACCGCGACCAUCUCACGGUCAACCAACGAGACAAAGAUCCAGAUUUCCCUCUCUCUCGACGGUGGUGUCCUCCCAGCGUACGAACCAAGCACCCACUUCCCCCCACCGAGCGACCCCCAAGAAGCCGAAGCCGCGAAGAAAGGCAUUGUCCCCUGCAAAGAUGCGGCCCACGCUACCCAGUUCACGCCCACGCAGCAAAUCACCAUUAGCACCGGAAUUGGCUUCCUAGACCACAUGCUGCAUGCGCUGGCCAAGCACUCCGGCUGGAGUCUCGCAGUGCGCGCCAAGGGUGAUCUCUACAGUGAUCGACGACCACCACACAACAGAAGACACCUUCCUCGCCCUCGGCACAGCCUUCACAAAAGCCCUCGGCGCCCGGCAAUCCCUCGCCCGCUUCGGCCGCGGCGACGCACCCUCGACGAGGCCCUCUCGUGGGCAGUGAUCGAUCUCUCCAGCCGUCCGUGGGCUGUCAUUGAUCUGGGCUUCAAGCGCGAGAAGAUUGGCGCAUUGAGCACGGAGAUGAUCACGCACGGCUUGCAGAGCUUUGCACAGGCGGCGGACGUCACGCUGCACAUUGGCUGCACUUAUGGUGAUAACGACCACCACCGGGCGGAGAGUGCCUUCAAGGCGCUGGCUGUUGCAAUUCGGACGGCUUGUACGCGCAGAGUUGCCGGAGAAGUCGGAGCGGGAGACAUCGUUAGUACUAAGGGUGUUUUAUAA